AGUCUUUUCUGAUUGAACUCCGUCUUCAGAACACAAACUUGAGAGAGAUAGCAGAGCACCGAAAUGGGGCUAUGGAAGCAGUAAACAAUUGACUGUUUGCUGAUCAAAAAAAUGUUUGAGUAUGCGAGAGAAGAAAGAGAAAGAGAAAGAGAAAGAGAAAGAGAAAGAAAGAUAGAGAGAUGGAAACAGCGAGAAGGAUUCGGGAGGGACAUGGGUGAAAAUUAUCGUGUCUUGGAGAAACUGAAUAAUCUAAUGAUCAGUAAGGCGUGCAAUUUGACCGCAGAUCAGAUAGAUCAUAUCGACUCCUUUUUCAAUCGGCUAAGAUUCCUAGCAAUCAUUCUCAAGGAUUUGGAAGAGAAGCUGCAGCUGCAGCUGCAGCUGCAGCACCUGCACCUGCUGCCGCACCUGCAGCUGUACUGUGAAGCUGAAAACCUGCCGAUGCAAAUUUAUGAUGUGAUCUGCAAGACAAGACAACUCAUCCAUUUUUUUGAUGUUCAAUUGGCACAAAUAUCAUGGAAGAGAUUAAGACGAUUGGUGAAAAACUGGUGCAAUUUUUUUGAUAUUUUAAUUGGCACAAAUAUCAUGGAAGAGAUUAAGACGAUCGAGGAGAAAGUGGUGCAGUUUUAUGACCAGAUAAAUCAGAUCCAACUCCUACAAGAUCAUAAAGAUUUCAAUGAUGGAGUCCAUUCGUCAAUGUCAAUGGAGAACAGAACCAUGCUAGAUGAAGAAAUUACAGUGGGCUUUGAUGAUGAGGCGUUGACUAUAAAAGAGCUACUUGCUGGAGGGAAGAAGCAGCUACAACUUAUAUCAAUUGUUGGGAUGCCUGGACUCGGUAAGACUACUUUAGCCACAAAACUGUACAAUGAUCCUUACAUCACACACUACUUUCAUAUUCGUGCAUGGACCUAUGCUUCUCAAUUACCCAGAAAAACAGUUAUGUUGUUGGACAUUUUAAGUUCUGUUAAUGUCGUCUUUACCGAUGAAUUUAAAAACAUGACCAAUGAGAAGCUAGGCGAAAAGUUGUACAAGCAAUUAAAAGGCAAGACAUAUCUCAUUGUCAUUGAUGAUUUAUGGGAUAUUGGUGCCUGGGUCGAUCUUAAAAUGUAUUUCCCCAAUGACAACAAUGGAAGUAGAGUAAUGUUCACUAGUCGGCUCAAAGAGUUGUCUAUGCAUGCCUCACCUGAUUGCCAUCCUCAUUGUCUGCGUUUUCUCACUGAAGAAGAGAGUUGGGAGUUAUUACAACGGAAGGUGUUUCAAAAUGAAUGUUGCCCUCCAGAACUGAUUGGAAUUGGGAAGCAAAUAAUGAAAAAAUGUGAAGGGCUUCCACUUGCAAUUGUUAUAAUAGCAGGACUUCUUGCAAAGAACAUCAAGACACCAUAGUCGUGGAAACAAGUUGCCCAAAGUGUAAGCUCAUACAUUGUUAGUGAUCCAAACCAGUACUUGGACAUGCUAGCACUAAGUUACAAUCACUUGCCUCACCACUUGAAACCAUGCUUUCUCUGUUUAGGAGCAUUUCCAGAAGACGAAAAAAUCCCGGUGCAGAAGUUAAUUUGUUUGUGGGUAGCUGAGGGGUUUAUACAAAAAAUUGGGCAGAGAAGCUUGGAGGAAGUAGCAGAGGAUUACUUAAUGGAUCUAAUUCAGAGAAGUCUGGUAAUUGUUGCUCAAAAAAGGUUUGAUGGUCGUAUUAAAGCAUGUCGUAUGCAUGAUUUGUUGCGUGAUUUAUGCUUGAAGAAAGCCAGCGAAAUUAAUUUCCUACGGUGGACUCACAAAUAUAAAGACGCUUCUCCUUCUUCUUCAAGUAAUUAUGAAACAAAUAACCAGCGCCGCCUGUGCAUCCUUCCUUACUUCGAACUAAGAUUUGAUCAUAUUCUCUUUCAGUCUUAUUCCCCAACAGUUGGUCAUUUAUUAUCAUUGUGCGACAGAAAAGAGUUUGGGAACAAAAUUAGUCACGACGACGAUCUGUUUGGUGAUAUGUGCUCGUUUAUUUGUCGGACCUUCAAACUUCUUAGAGUGUUGGAAAUAUGCUAUUAUAAUGCCAUCUUUCCAAGAGAAUUAACACAACUUGUUCAUUUGAGGUAUUUGGCAAUUAAUUUGAAAUAUUCCUGUGAAUUACCACCAUCAAUAUCCAAUCUCUCAAACCUAGAAACACUUAUUAUUAUUUCUACAAAAAUGGAGUGAGGUUAUUCUGCCAUGCAAUGUUUGGAAUAUUACAAAAUUGAGGCAUCUUUAUGCUAAAGGAGGAGCAAAAUAUGAUGGGUCUUUUUGUUCUGAAGAAGCAGUAACAAAUCACAACCAUCCCUCUAUAUUAGAAAACCUACGAACCAUCGCAAACGUAAACCCCUGUGGACAUGUUCAGGAUUUAUUGGCAAGAACUCCUUUUCUUACAAAGCUGGGACUUUGUGGACAUCUGUUGUCAGAUUCAGGGAAUUUGAUGUUUCUUAAUCUAGAAUUUUUAAGACACCUUGAGACUUUGAAGCUACUGAAUGAGUUCUCAUACCCAACCAAUUUCCGAGAGGUCAAGUUUCCUACAAAUGUUAAAAGGCUAACCUUGAAAUGUACAAAGAUAAAGUGGGAGGAUAUAUCAAUCCUUGGGAUGUUGUUACCCAACCUUGAGCUUCUCAAAUUAGAAAAUAGUGCUGGUUGGGGAUGGCAAUGGGCAACAACUGAUGUUGGGUUUCCUCGACUCAAAUUCUUGAAACUGAAGGACUACAAUGUUAAGCAAUGGAUCACCUGCUCUAGUCACUUUCCAAGCCUUCAACACUUGUUGUUGGACGGGUGUAUAUCUCUUGAGGAAAUACCAUCUAGUUUGGGGGAUAUACUCACUCUGCAGAUGAUUGAGGUAAACUAUUGUCGCUUCACUGUUGUGGAAUCUGUCAGGAAAAUUAAGGAAGAGCACGAGAGCAACGGAAAUUGUUGGCCCAAAGUGCUGAUUAGGAAAUCUGCGUUGGACCUUCAAGUCAAAGUGUAAAGAUACAACUUGUAAAGGAUGAAGAUUGUCUUGCUAUGGCUUCCCUUCCUUGCUCUAAAUCAAACAGAAAUGGUGUUUUCAAAGGUGCUGUCAGAGAAAAUAUACCAAUUAGAGAUCGAGUGUUUGAUUGUACCAAAAAUUGUUAGUUAAUGUGCUUGUAUGUAAUAUAACUGUUUGUGAGUGCUUAUCUGUAAUAUAUAACUUCUGUUUGUGAGGAAAUUGUUGGAGUAUUAUUUCAUAGCUUGUUUACUAUCAAAAUAUAAAAUAGGAGUAGAGUUUGGGACUCCAAAUUUACAUGGUUUAAGCAGAUUUAGGUGUUUGGUAUGGCCAGCCACUUCAACUGGGAGGGACAGGGCAUUUGAGUUGACAA